AGGUCUAAUGAACGUAGGCAUAAACGAAGAUUAACGGUGGAAACUGCCAUCUAUUUGGAGUAAAGUAUUAUCCCACACGCUGAUAUCAGAUGAACAACUUUAGCGGAGCUCUGCGCCUAACCGACCUGAACGAUUUCAUUGGACCAUCACAAGAAUGUAUAAAGCCCGUUCCAGUGAAGAAAUCUAAGAAACGCGGAAUUGUAAGAGUUCAUGACGACGGUGGCCUCUCCCAAAACUCUCUUCCCUUAGAAAAGCAGACUAUAUCACUGACUGACUGCCUGGCUUGCAGUGGUUGUGUAACUUCUGCUGAAACAGUCCUAAUUGAAUCUCAAUCGGUUGGAACUUUGCAACGAGCACGUACUGAGACACACAAGUCACACACGUUCGUUGCUACUCUGUCUCCACAAUCGGUAAGUUCUAUUGCUCACAAGCUAGGAAUCGGGUAUGAAGAUGCGUGUAAAAGGUUGAUAUCAACACUGAGAUGUGACGGGUACAAGUACGUGUUCUGCUCUGUUGAAGGAAGUGAAGUUUGUCAUCAGUUAUCCGCCGAGGAGUUACUGAAUAGCGACCUCCAGAAACAAGGAUCAGACACAGAAACCACCAAAACAUUAAAAACUAGCGUUCAGAAACCUGUUCUAGCGUCGGCGUGCCCGGGAUGGAUCUGCUACGCUGAGAAGACCCAAGGUGCUGCAGUGUUGGAUCACGUAAGUCGGGUCAGAUCACCACAGAGUAUAAUGGGAUCUCUGGUGAAAUCUGCUGUAUCUAAACGGGAAAUGAUACCAUAUUCACAGGUAUAUCAUGUUACCAUUAUGCCAUGCUACGAUAAGAAGCUAGAAGCUUCCAGAGCCGACUUCUUAUCAAAAGAACAUGACUGUCCUGAAACUGACCUAGUCUUGAGCACGGCAGAGUCGUUUGAUCUUUGGGGAGUUGUGGAGCCUACCGAGGUGUCAGUUAAUCAGUGUUUUGAUUCUGUUUUAACUGAUGAUUCUUUUCCUUUUCAAACUCCUAGUGGUGGUGGAUCUGGCGGAUUCGCAGAGAGAAUCCUCUAUCAUAUCUCAAGAUCUUUUAACUACCCUGGCAAGUUGGACAUUACUUUCAAACAGCUCAGAAAUAAGGAUCUUCUAGAAGCUGUUGUUAAAAUCAAUGACACUGAAUACCGUGUUGCUAAGGCAUAUGGGUUCAGGAACAUUCAAAACAUCAUUCAAAAAAUAAAGCACAAAAAGUGUAACUACGAUUACAUCGAACUAAUGGCUUGUCCUUCGGGCUGUUUGAAUGGUGGAGGUCAAAUUAAACUAGAAGAUUCUUCAGAAUUAACUGCUAUUACGGCAGUGUACUCGUCUGCUUCGUCUGAUAAACUCAAACCAGCAAAGACAUUGGAGUCUGAGAUAUUUUUGACGUCUUACAAAGCCGUCGAGAAGACUGCAUCGGCACUAAGCUCGCAGUGGUGAUAUGGGAUUAUUUAAAUGCAGAUACAAUGUGUUGUCUUAUGUUCUGUACGAUGUUCGUGUGUGAUCACCCGCAAUGAUUUUUGACAAAGUAUGUGGUUACGAUGUAUUCUUUUGUCUGAUAGCUUUUGUUAUUAUGACUUAAUUGUCAUAACAUUGCUAAUUUUCAAAAUUUCUGUUUUA